AAGUAACAAACUUAAAACCGAGAACUCUUCUCCAUUCUCUCCCCAUUUUCUUCUUCAUUUUUGGUUCUUACUUUCAUUGAAAUCUCCUCAUUUUUCCUUUCCCCUUUCCCCCAUCUUCAGGGGGAAAGUGAAAACGAAAAAACCAUAACGAAAACGAAGAAGAAAUAAGAAAAAAAAAAAAAAACUAAUCAAGAAAUCGCUCGCUUCAAAAAAAUAAUAAUAAUUUAUAUCUGUAUCUGUAUCUAUAUAAUAUAAGACGAGUUCUUGAUCAUUUCUUGUAUUGUUAUGGAUGAUACGUUAUUCUUCGAGUCAUUAAAUUCACCAUCAGCUACAUCUUCAUCAGCUUCUCUUGAUCUUGACCAUACAUUUGAAUCAACACCUUGUUCUUCUCCAUCUAGGAAUUCUUCUUUAACAAAACUUAACGCUCGUGCAUCUGCAUUUAUACCGCGAAGCUCGUCCUCUCCAUCAUUGUCAUCUGCCAUGUUGGCAAAAUCGUCUUCCUCGCCUUCAUUGGCGUCCAUGUUGCCUUCACGGGCCGAGUCACCUCGGCCUGGAAGCAGGAUCGGGCCCGGGCCAGGGUCAGGGCCUGUGAUCACUCAAAGUGGACAGACCGUGGUGCAUGUUAUUACAACACCGUCUGCCACUUUUCAUCAGAUCACUACACAUGUUCCUGUACAGAAUUAUAUUUAUGCAUCUCAAUUGCCUGUGCAAUAUCCAUAUGGUGGCAUUGGAAGAGGAUUUGUUGAUCAUGGUGGUAUGCCCGCGGUGGUGGUUAUUGGUGCUGAUUCAGAAAGGUUAAGUGAUGAAGCUUGUCAAAAAAUUGUUAAUCAGGUGGAGUUUUAUUUUAGUGAUAUAAAUUUGGCUACAACUGAUCAUCUAAUAAGGAUUAUGUUCAAGGAUCCAGAAGGAUUUGUACCAAUGUCUGUGGUUGCAUCAUUCAAGAAGAUUAAAGCUCUUACAAGUAGUCAUGCCCAGAUAGCGAAAAUUCUGCGGACCUCCAAUAAGCUUGUGGUUAGUGAAGACGGAAGAAAGGUUCGACGUCAAUAUCCGCUGGGUGAAAAGGACUUGGAAGAGCUGCAAUCUCGCAUAGUGGUUGCUGAGAAUUUACCCGACGACCACUGCCACCAGAACCUCAUGAAGAUUUUCUCAACAGUUGGAAGUGUAAAAAUGAUUCGUACAUGCCAACCUCAGUCUUCCAAUGGUGGAGCUUCUUCAGCAUCUAGAACUGGAAAGUCAGAUAGUACGCUUUAUAGUAACAAGUUGCAUGCAUUUGUGGAAUAUGAAUCAGUUGAAUUGGCUGAGAAGGCGGUUAUGGAGCUAAAUGAUGAAGAUAACUGGAGAAAUGGUCUAAAAGUCCGUAUACUGAACAGGUGCACGGGAAAAUCUGGUCAAACUAGAGGGAAGAAAGUUGGAUAUGAGAGUGAGCUCAACUUCAAGGACGACGAUACUUCAGGAUCAGAGGCCAGCGAGAAACAUAAUGACGACUUGUGGCACCACUUUGAUACUCACUUGAAUGACCUUGCAGAGGAGCAUGGCAUCGAUGGGCAGAGGAAAGGGCUCAAUCGCAGUUGGGUUAAGGGGGGUCAAGGACGUGGACGUCCUCAGUUUCUUCAAAACAACCGUGGAGGUCAUUUAGGGACUUCCCCGUCAAGUAUGAGGCGUGCACACAGUGUGGGGAGUUCGCUGUCAAGCAUCAACCGUUUUAGUCUAGCAGGGCAGCCCUCAAUGCUUUCUGAACAGUCAGCACCAGUCAAGCAAGCUUCUGUGCCUCGCAUGCCAGAUGGCACUAGGGGAUUCUCCAUGGGUCGAGGUAAGCCAGUUGCGAUUAAAACAGCAUAAUGAGUAUGUGGUUAUGUGGUCGGGUGGCUACUCGUGUGAGCAUUUCCAAAUGGAGAAGUGGGAACGUGCUCUUUUUUUUGCAGUGUCGAUUUGUUAUUUUUCUUCACUAGGGCUUCCAUCGUGUUUAUGAAGCAAAACCUGAGGGAUUAACGUAAAGUUAUACAGAUGUAGCAAAGAAUCUUCCUCUUCCCUCUCUCCCCUCUAGCUUCAUCUUAGUUUUUGUGUAUACUAACAGAAAUUGAAUAUUAUCUAUAGUUCUAUCCUAUGUAAAUUAAUGGAGAUUGCUCAUAGGAAAUUUAUUUGCAUGAUCACAUGACUCUUGUUCCAAGUGCAAGGUCCUAUGGGUAAACCAAAGUCAAAAUUUGAGGGAUAAACUUAGACCUUUUACCUUGAAGAAUUUGGACACAUAGGGUCCACCCAUCUCACAGUGGAGAUAUUAAUGUCAAGGGAAAAUACGAGACAUUUGCUAACAACAAGGCCAUGAAUGCAUC